GAAUUUUCAAAGAGAGGUCUGAGCUCAAUCGGGAGCGGAACGUGUUCGUGCAGCCAGGGAAAAUAGCUAAAAAUUUAGGUAGCACAGAUAUAAACUAGGGUUCUGCAGAUAGGAGAAGAAAGAUGGCCGAACCACUAAAGGUAACUUUGUUACGUUAGUUCGUGUUAUUUUGAGGAAGGUUUUUACCCUACUGGUGCUGAAAAACCCAAAAGUGAGACAAAGUAACGGGCAAAGAUGGCUAACUAACGUUGACUUAUUUUGGUUUACCGUAAUGACAUCUUUUCACUCGGUGUUAAAAACGCUAAUACCCAUGCCAACAUAUCGCUCACGAAGUAGAUAGUAAUGUAAUAUCUCCCCUCGUAGACGUCAUGAACUAAAUGUUUUAUUUUUGCACUUGUGUUGUUUUGACGCAACGCCAUUUUACUAGCUAAUGGCGACCUAGACCCAGUGGCGACACCAAUUGAGCGAGAAGUCGCACAUAUCCGCAGGAACUUGCUUCCAAUGUGACAGUCUAAUUAUCUUUUUCAUUUAUGUGUAAAGGUAGUGGUCGACAUGUAGUUUGGUCAGCAAAUGUCAUCGCUGUUACAUCCUGGUUCAGAUAAAACUCACUUUUCAGUUGUCUCUAUGCAACACUUUAAGAUCUGUGCACACAAACAAUAAGGGAUUAUUUAGACAAAACAAUAGUUAUUAAAGAUUUCCUCCCAUUUGGCUAAAGGCAGUGCAGAAUUUGGCAGGAAUAUGUACCACACUAUCAAAUCAUGACUGCACUGCAUAAAAAUCCCUCACAACAUAACCCUGUGCUGUUUACAGGAGACCUUCUUCGGGAACAAGCCGGUGGAAAAAACGAAGAAAGAUCCAAAGAGGCUGUCGGUAGAGAGAAUCUAUCAAAAGAAGACGCAGCUGGAGCAUAUUUUGCUCCGACCAGACUCCUACAUCGGCUCUGUAGAGCCUGUCACCCAGGUAAAAAGUCAAACAUUGAUGUCGGUUACAUUUUUUAAUGAAUGAACUGACACUAAUUGUAAGUCUCAUGGGACAUCUCAGAGGAGCUUGGAUGGACCAGUUGAGUACAGUAUAUAUUAUUGAGACCAGUAUAUAUUCAGAGUAAGGUUCAGCUAACUCGACUUGUGUCUUGGGUAGAUUUGUUUUGCACAAAGCCUGUGACAUCCCGUUGGACAUAACAUGAAACUAGACAAAACAACCUGAAUAAAAAGCUACUAAAACAUGAUGAAAAUAUACUCCAGGCCUUACCAAUCACAACAGUGAAUGAGAUGCAUACAUAAGUGUCACUCAGGUAAAUAGAUAAUGUUGUCCUUACUGCAGAGGUACAAGAUGUAAAUCACACAACAUAAAUUGUUAGGUCUUGUCAUGUAACAUUUGCUAAAACAUUAUGUGGUGUAGUGAACUGAUUGACUUUCAUCCACAGCAAAUGUGGGUGUAUGAUGCAGAUGUUGGACUGAACUGCCGUGAUGUGACUUUUGUUCCUGGCCUUUACAAGAUUUUUGACGAGAUCCUCGGUGAGUGAACAUCUACUAAAGUGAAUAUUAUAGACCAUUUACAGACAGAAUGAUGGCAAACACUACCAUACUAAUGUGUUUUCCCUUUUUUUUUCUUCCCCUUCAGUAAAUGCAGCUGACAAUAAACAGAGGGACAAGAACAUGUCUCUUAUCAAAGUGAACAUUGAUGCGUGAGUAAUGAAAAAUUUCUAACAUUCUGAUAUCAUUGGGGUCCUGGUGGUUGGGGUGUAAGAUGUGCAUAUUUCUCUUUGCAGUGAAAACAACACCAUCAGUGUGUGGAAUAAUGGGAAGGGAAUUCCUGUGGUGGAGCACAAGGUGGAGAAGGUCUUUGUGCCUGCUCUAAUCUUCGGACAGCUGCUUACCUCCAGUAACUACAACGAUGAUCAGAAGAAAGUCACUGGUGAGAUAAUUUCAGAAAUUUGUGGACUGUUUUGUUUUGCUACACGGCAAAACGAUAAAAAGAUUGAUACACCUAAAAUAAGUAGAAUCUGGUAUUCAUACAACCUGGAUUGUAUGCCUCUAGUUUUGGUCACUAUCACCCAAAAAAGAACCUCAGACUGAGUCUUACAGUGGGUAACAGGCAGAUAUGCUGUUUACACCUAAUAUUUUCACUACUUACAUUAGUUUACACUAAAAUGCCUGUGGUAUUUCUCCAUUUUAACCCACCCAAGACCAUUAUGUACCGCGAACACUGAAAAUAAGGUAGUUCACAGUCUUGUAAACAAAAACUGCACAUAGAUUUUGUGUAAAGAAAACAGCCAUGUUUAGUGUCUGAAAAGUAGACAAUUCUUUGAGUACCUUUACUCACAUUUAAGCUCCCAUGCUGCUCCUCAGGUGGACGCAACGGAUAUGGUGCCAAACUUUGCAACAUCUUUAGCACAAAGUUCACUGUGGAGACAGCCUGCAAAGAAUCCAAGAAGUCCUUCAAGCAGGUAGGAAGUCUUAACCUCUUUUGCUCUUCUGUAAAUGCUGUAGGGAACCAAGUUAUUUUAAAGCAUGUCUCUGUCUCCCCCUCUCUCUCGCUCUAGACUUGGUAUGACAACAUGGGCAGGGCAGGAGAUGCUAAAAUCAGUUCUUUUGAUGGCGAGGAAUUCACUUGCAUCACCUUCAAGCCUGACCUGCCCAAGUUUAAAAUGAGCAUCUUGGACAAAGACACUGUGGCUCUGAUGACUAGGAGGGCUUAUGAUAUCGCUGGGGUUGCAAAGGGUGUUCGUGUGUACCUCAACGGCAAGAAACUGCCAGUAAGUUUCCAUGUUUGACUUCUCUGCUGCCUUACAUUGUGUCACGUAAUUUAUUAUAGGUAUUUAAUUUGUCUGUUAUAUAUCAUACACUUGAUUUCCUCGGAUAUUUGUAACAUUUGUCAAAUGGACUUCCAAAACUUGAAUUUUGAAUAUUUAGAUUUAGGAUAUGAAGAUCAACAAAGAAAACGUGUUUAAAUUUUGCCAUUUUAUUAAUCCUGACAAGAGCUCUUUUCUAGUGAAGUCAUCUUUUGUGCAUCUUUUAAUCAUAUCUCAAUGUAAGAGUUAUCAAAACAGGAUACAAUCACCCAUCACUCAUUUUGUAUUUUUAAUUUUAUACCUCUCAAGCUUGAACUUUUUUCCAAGAUUUGAAUGGCCAUUGCAUGAGUCUCAGAUUGUUGGAUAAAUGUCUCAAACAAACCGCUCUUGUGCUCCAGGUCUCUGGUUUCCGUAGCUACGUGGACUUGUAUUUGAAGGACAAAGUGGAUGAGGUUGGUAAUGCCCUCACUGUGGUCCACGAGGUCGCCAACGAGCGCUGGGAGGUCUGCCUCACGAUGAGCGAGAGAGGAUUCCAGCAAGUCAGCUUUGUCAACAGUAUUGCCACAACCAAGGUAAUGCCAAAGUGUAUUACAUCUUUUAUAAUGCACUUAAUGUAAAUGCAUAUGUGUACCAGGGUGAUUGAUUGAGCUUUGGUUCUGACUGUUCUGCCAAGCCAAUUAUUUAAUUGUGUAAGUGCUGGAAUACUGCGCGCCAGUUUUAAUUUAUCUUGUGUUGUCAGCCAUGUUUAAAAUUAAGUUUUAGAGCAGCAAUGAAGCCUUUAAAGGCUGACAGAAGCAGGGCUCUUUGUCAGCUAAGUACAAGUUUGGCUGCUCUCCCAGUCACUCUGUCACUGUAAUUAAGACUUAUGACAUUUAUUCUGUAAAUGAGAUCUUCUGUUUGUCCUCCGGACCUCAGGGAGGGAGGCAUGUCGAUUAUGUGGCUGAUCAGGUGGUCGCCAAGAUCAUCGAAGUGGUGAAGAAGAAAAACAAAGCAGGGGUGGCUAUCAAGCCUUUCCAGGUAUGUUCACCUUGUUGUACCUUCAGCCCUGAAAGUACAGCAGUGUCUUAAAUGCAGAAAAAAACAUUGCUCCUCUCCUUCUCCAAUUAGGUGAAGAACCACAUGUGGCUGUUUGUCAACUGUCUGGUUGAGAAUCCGACCUUUGACUCCCAGACCAAAGAGAACAUGACUCUGCAGCAGAAAAGCUUUGGCUCCACUUGUCGCCUUGGUGACAAGUUUAUCAAACAGGUACCAAUUAAAAUGACACAAGCAUUUCCAGAAGUGUUUCCACUUUGGUUCCAUUAUUAACAUGCGUUUUCUGCUCUCUGAAGGCCAUGACAUGUGGGAUUGUUGAAAGUAUCAUGAACUGGGUAAAGUUCAAGGCUCAGUCCCAGCUCAACAAGAAGUGCUCAGCUGUGAAGCACACCAAGAUUAAGGGGGUACCGAAACUGGAUGAUGCCAAUGAUGCAGGUUGGACUUAGAAACCUCUGUUUUAAAGCCAAAGAAAAAAAGACAAUGAUCUUCCGCCACCCCGCUGUAAAUAUAUUCUCUCUGGCAGGUGGGAAGAACUCGAUCAACUGCACUCUGAUCCUCACUGAGGGAGACUCAGCCAAGACACUUGCUGUGUCUGGGUUGGGAGUGGUUGGCAGGGACCGUUAUGGCGUCUUCCCUCUCCGAGGAAAAUUGCUGAACGUGCGGGAGGCCUCGCUCAAACAGGUUAAUCUCAGCAGCAGCUUGCCAACAAACAUUACAUGACUUCUGUAUGGUUCCCUGGGUGACGAUAUUUAUGUGGAUGCAGCCGCGGGUGUUGUGUAAAUGGGUUUGCUUUGAGUCUUGUGUGGAAACAAAGAGAUUAACAUAAUGGAUGAAUUCAUUGGAAACUUAAGGAGGUAUAAUCUAUCAGAAAUUGUUUACAAAGAAUUUUUUUCUUUUCAGAUUAUGGACAAUGCUGAAAUAAACAACAUCAUUAAGAUCCUCGGCCUUCAGUACAAGAAGAACUACAGCAACCCAGAAUCCCUCAAGACUCUGCGCUACGGAAAGAUCAUGAUCAUGACAGAUCAGGUGUGCCAGCAUCUUUGUUUGACCUUAAAUACCGGGCUUACAAAUGGGUUUAACUUUUUAGUAUGUCGAGUUUUUCAACUUUAUCGUAGACGCAGUUUCUCAGGUUGAACUUCAAGCACAAUGAAUCUGAAUCAGGUUGUCUAACAUCAAUAUGGACUUGUCUGUGAUUGAGACAGGAUCAGGAUGGCUCCCACAUCAAGGGCCUCCUUAUCAACUUCAUCCACCACAACUGGCCAUCUCUGCUGCAUCACAACUUCCUGGAAGAGUUCAUCACCCCCAUUAUCAAAGUAUGUUUUAUAUUUAGAAUCUGAAAACUAGAAAGUUUGGUUGAUGGUGUCAUGAGGCAUAAUGUAUGUGAUAACGUAAAGAAAAUGUAUUAUCUCGUCCUAGUGUAGCCUGUUUUGUAUGGAAAAUUGCUGCCAUCUGCUGUCAGAACCGAAGAAGUGCUGGACUCGAACACCUUUUUACAUGCUUCUUAAAAACUGCUUUGAGGAUCAAUAUGUUGGUAAUAAAUAAGGCUAUUGAUGACUCUUUUUCUCCUUUUUAGGUGACUAACAAGAAAACUCAGAUGUCUUUCUACAGCAUCCCUGAGUUUGAUGCUUGGAAGGAGAGCCAGCCCAACAUCAGAUCUUGGAAAAUCAAAUACUACAAAGGUUUGUUUUAAACCCCUGUGUGGUAGUAAAAGCAGAAAGUAAGCAUUCAUCCCUUAAUACCCGGCAUGUUAAAGUUUUAAUAAGGUGUCAUUGUAAUGAUUCAUCUAAUGGGCUCUUGCUUUCCGUGACCUUUGUCAAUCCAGGUUUGGGAACCAGCACAUCACAGGAAGCCAAGGAGUACUUCUCUGAUAUGAAGAGACACAGAAUCCCAUUCAAGUACUCCGGACCUGAGGACGAUGAGGCUAUUACCCUUGUGAGAUGUUACACCUCUGUUUAGCUUAUUCCUCUCACAACACAUUUAAUCUACUCCAUUAGACUGAGCUGCGUUGGCUCUUAAUCAACUUAAGACAAUCAACAGUUUCUUUAUCCUUGAAUUUCUGUUGGUAUGUCUGCACUGUGCUGCUGUAAAUUUGGAAUUUCCCCUUAUGGGACUAUUAAAGGAACAUCUUAUCUUAUCUUAAAAGCACACUUAGUUUUCUCAGAAUUGAAGACUGAGUUGGUAUUUAUUUUCUGUCUGUUUCGCUGUUUCUCUUCAGGCCUUUAGCAAGAAGAAAGUGGAGGAGAGAAAAGAUUGGCUGACUGCCUUUAUGAAGAACAGACGCCAGCGCAGGGAGUUAAACCUGCCAGAGGUAACGCCCUAACAAUAUUAGGAUUUUUCUCAGUUAAUUGCUUUCUGAUUAUUGUUAAUACUGUGCUGUCUCUUUAAAGGAGUACCUGUACGGCCAGUCCACCACGUCCCUCUCCUACAAUGACUUUGUCAACAAGGAGCUGGUUCUUUUCUCCAACUCUGACAACGAGAGGUCGAUCCCCUGUUUGGUGGACGGUGUGUGGAUUUAAUAGAUACGACUUUUACUCCUAAACUUCAGCCAAAUGUCAGUGCGGUAUAAUGUCUUCUGUAUGCCUUUGUCAGGUCUAAAACCGGGCCAGAGGAAGGUCUUGUUCUGUUGCUUGAAGAGGAAUGACAAGCGUGAGGUGAAAGUGGCCCAGCUGGCCGGCUCGGUGGCUGAGAUGUCUGCCUAUCACCAUGGAGAGGUGAAAGAUUUAUCUAUCAACUUUGCGUACGCGACUUUAAAGCUACUGCUUAAAUAAGUGCAUUUAAUUCUGAGGAUGAUAGAUACAAAGCGGAAUUCUACAGCCAUUACUUUGCUAUCCCUGCUGGAUGUAGUUUUGAUUAUAUGGUUUAUUUUAUCUCUUCAACUUUUUGUUUUCCAGGUCUCUCUAAUGAGCACCAUCGUUAAUCUGGCCCAAGCCUUUGUUGGAAGCAAUAACUUGAACCUGCUGCAGCCUCUGGGUCAGUUUGGAACCAGGCUACAUGGUGGCAAGGACUCUGCCAGCCCUCGAUACAUCUUCACCAUGCUCAGGUAAGGAGCAACCUGUAAACAUCAGAUAACUUAAUGCUACGGUUUGAUGAAAAGGUAAUUUGGGGUUUUCUAGAGUCAUCGAAGUAAAAAUGCUCCUUGUCCUUCCAGCCCUCUCACUCGCCUCCUUUUCCCUGCUGUGGAUGACAACCUGCUUAAGUACAACUACGACGACAACCAGCGUGUAGAACCUGAGUGGUACAUUCCCAUCAUUCCCAUGGUGCUGGUGAACGGUGCAGAAGGUAUCGGCACCGGUUGGGCAAGCAAGCUCCCCAACUUCGACAUCCGAGAGAUCGUCAACAAUAUUCACCGCAUGCUCAACGGAGACGAGCCUCUGCCGAUGGUGAGGACAGGAACUGACCGUGUUCUCUUGGAUCUAUCUACCAAUUUCCAAACAGUGAUAAAGAUGUUUUUUCUCCUCCUAUAGCUUCCAAGCUACAAAGGCUUUAAAGGAACCAUUGAGCAGGUGAUGGAAAACCAGUACAUGAACAGUGGAGAGGUGGCAAUCGUUGACUCCACCACCAUUGAGAUCUCUGAGUUGCCCGUCAAAUCCUGGACACAGGUCAGUCACUAAAGCUCUGUUACGCCCCUUUGAUGUAUAUUUAGCAUGCGCCAACUUUUUUCUUUGAGAUUCAAACGGAAUGAAUUGUCUGAAAUCAUGAAAAAAUUAAGAAAACUGUCCAAAUUGAACAAAGUUGAUUUGACCCACAUAAAUAUGGGUUCAGCAAAUCACUGUAUCACAAAUAGUCUGGCCAGAUGUGGCUAAUGUUAGCAUGACCAGACUUGUGCACAGACCAGAUACAACUUUGCCAAAGUACUUAAUGUGUUUUUAUUCUGUCCAGGUCUACAAGGAGAACGUCCUGGAGCCAAUGCUGAACGGCUCAGAAAAAGUCCCUCCUCUGAUCACAGACUACAAAGAGUACCACACCGACACCACAGUACGCUUUGUGGUCAAGAUGACCGCAGAGAAGCUGGCUGAGGCCGAGGCUGCCGGUCUCCACAAAGUCUUCAAGCUUCAGAACCCCCUCACUUGCAACUCGAUGGUAAUAAGUGCAGCAGAAGUAUUAGCGGAAGUCCACUUUGUUUGAUAAAAAGUUGGGCUUUUCUUGAACGGUCAAGUUGUUUUUCUGUUCAGGUUCUGUUCGACCACGUGGGAAGCUUAAAGAAAUACGAGUCGGUGCAGGAUAUCCUCAAGGAAUAUUUUGAGCUGAGGAUGAAGUACUACAAACUGAGGAAGGACUGGCUGGCUGGUAUGCUGGGUGCUGAGAGUGCGAAACUCACCAACCAGGCCCGCUUCAUCCUGGAGAAGAUCCAGGGCACCUUGGUUAUUGGUAAGCAGCUCUUCAGUGUUUAGCCACAUAAGCAAAACACAUGCGUGAAGUUAAAGCUUUGGUUAUUACCUUACUGCCCUGUGCGUCUGGUUUCAUAGCAUUUCUUAUUUGAAAUAAUUUAUUAAAUCGCACUACAUCGUAGAGCAACAGUUGCUUGAUUCCUCUUGAUCAUGAGGUCUCAUGUUGUCCAUCUUCUCAUAGAAAACAAGCCAAAGAAGGAGCUGAUCCGCAUGCUGCAGCAGAUGGGUUAUGACUCUGAUCCAGUCAAAGCUUGGAAACAGGCUCAGGAGAAGGUAAGACUUUGAGAAAUGAGGUCCCCCAAAUAAUCUGCUUUUUAUCUGACUGGAUAACCAAACAUUUUAGUGUUUGUACAUUUAAUGUAAGGCUCUUUGCGUCUUUCUGUGUAGAAUGAAGUGGAAACAGAGGAUGAAACGGAGGAGGGAGCAGAGCAGGAGGACACCAGCGGGCCAGACUACAACUACCUGCUGAGUAUGCCCAUGUGGUUCCUGACCAAAGAAAAGAAGGAGGAGCUGUGCAAGCAGAGGGAUGCUAAGGUGAGGUGUUCAACAAACAUGCGCUCUUACCAAACGAUAACCUCCAGUGUUGGGAAGUAAAGCCAAUGUGGAUAUGCAGUAAACUGCAGUUUAGGUUUCCCACCUUGUAGAGCCUGGCAUCAAAAGCCAAAUACUCCAGUCGAGCCCAUAUCAGUCAGCAUUGAUAACAUGGUGACCACCUUCUUUAGGCUUUAUAACAGCUCUUGAAAAACCAUCAGGUGACAUCAUUGAGAGUGUUUGUUCUUCUGGUUCAAACUUGAUAGACAAUCUUAAAAAUACGCCCGUUGGUCUCAUAUUUAAUCUGUUUGUAGUUGACAGAGCUGAACACCAUGAAGAAGAAGACCCCAGCAGACCUGUGGAAGGAAGACCUUGUUGCUUUCUCCGAGGAACUUGAGGUAUCGCCUUCGUCUUUCUGCUCUUCCUCUCAUUAUGAACUGAUUUUUAGUGCAUUAAAUAAGCAGACAUCACGUUUGAGCAGUAGUAGAAACUCUUGGUUCACAUUUUAAGUCUGUUUUCUCUUAAACAUAUUUGGUGAACUUGUCUCUGUCUUGCUCGUAGAGGAUUGAAGCCAAAGAAAAGGAGGAGGCUAGCGUGCCCGUUAAAGGCAAAGGGAGAGGUAAAGCGGUGAAGGUGAAGGAGGAGACCCUUCCCACGCCACAGGGUCGCCGCGUUGUCCCACGUGUCACCAGUGCCAUGAAGGUCAUAGCCAACAAAAAGACUGCCAAGAAGGGAGAAGGCAAGAGAGGCCAGACAGCCAAGGUACGUCUUUUCAGAUUCAGAUAAAUUACAUCCUGUUAUUCUCGCUCAGUGUCACUCAUCAUAACUAAUUUGAGAGUUUGUGAUCUGUCCGUACACUCCUGAGAAAAAAAGUUACAACACGCUUGACCUGAUUUUUUUUUGUCAUUAUAGAAGAUAGACUUUGAAGAAGAUGAAGAGGCGAAUGAGGAGCUGGGUUUGGCUGCACGACUUGGCAAGAAGAUAAAAACCGAGGCAAAGGGAGGUGAGAUUGGAUCCUGAAGUUAAGAGGAGUAAAAUCUUAUCUACCAGUUUUGCGCUUUAUCUGUGAUCACAGGAAAUGAAGUGUUUAUUUUGAAGUAUUCCCGGCAGCCAGGGCAAAGUGUCUGCAGGUCAUUCUGAAUGCUUUUAUCUUUUAUUUAUGACAGUGGUUAAGCUUACCACUCAUUACAUAAGGAUAUUGUACUUGCAAGUUUGUAGAUUAGUAACAGACUGUAAUAAUGAAACUGAAAUGAAGAAUCAUCAGAGGAAUUUAUUGUCAUUGCACAUGUCACAUGUACAGAGCAACAAUAUUUCAGUUUAGUUCAACCUGUCCAAGAAACAUUCAAAGACAUUCACAGACAGAGGGGGGGGGGGACAGGAACAGGAGGAACAGUCAAAUUCCUGCGCCCCCGUCAAUUUCCUUAAAGGUCCAAAAAAAAAUUUUUUUUUUUUUUUUACCAUAUCAGCACAUUCUCAACAAACAUGAUUAUUAUGACUGUCAGGUUACAGUAAACACCCUUUAAAAUCUAGACCUGCUGUACGUUGGCUUCUGUUUGUGAGCAAUGACUGAAAACUUGCAUCUCUACUGCAGCCUCAGGGACCAGCAAGCAGAGCACCCUUCAGUUCAAGCCCGCCACAAAGCAACCCAAGAAGAAUCCCUGGUCUGAUGACGAGUCUGAGGGCCAGUCUGAGAGCGAGUCAGAGGAGUCACCCGACAGUGACAUGGAGACAUGCGAGGUGGCUGCCCCAAACGAAAAAGGUGAAAGCGCCGACUUGACAACGUCUGAUGUGACAUGUAGUCGUCUUCUAAGUUUGCUCCGAGCUGCUUGUUUUCACGUACCAUGACUUGGCGUAUUUCGACUCUGAGCUCUUUGCUUACUCAGACAGUUUGAUAAGAUGCAAUCACUUCUAAAAAUGUUUGAGUUUAUGCAACAAAAACACUCUGAGAGCUCAUUUCCUGUGCCUGAUUGGCGCUCUUAUCUUGAUCAAGCCUUCACGACAACAGUUAGAUAACUCAUCUGUUUUAGGUGGACCCCAGUAAGACAACACGCUUAUUCUGUUGUCUCUUUGUUUAGCUGCAGUAAAGGACAGUUUGAGCGACAGCGAAGAUGAAUUAAUUGCAGUGAAGAAGAAGAAGAAUGCUCCAAAACAGAAAGCUGCAUUCAGUGAUGAUGAUUCUGACUUCGCCCCUGAGCCCAAAACUCACAGUGAUGAGGACUCAGAACCAAUGUGAGUGUGAGACAUCGAAGAGUACAAAGCUGCUUUGAUAUCAAAGUGUUACAUGGUGGCUUUUUAUUCACUCCCAAUUCAAAUUGUGUCUCUUCUGCGCAGAAAGAAAGUGGCGAAAAGCAAACCAGCAGUGAAAACGGCUGUAACCAAGUCAAGCUGUGAGUAGUUUCAGUCGAGCAGUUUUAUCACGAGGUUGGGGAAACUUUGGUCACGAGUCUGAGUUUUUGAUUUAUUGUUUGUGGUCCCCUGCAGCUCAGUCAGAUGACCAGGUGCCCACUGCAAAGGCUCCUAUUAAACGGAGAACCAAAGCGGCUGCACCUAAGAAAGCUCCUGCUGCAUCCAAGAAAGCUGCAGGUAAUUAGACUGUUAAAGGAGAGCUCUGGUUGGAUUGUGUGGUACGGACUCAAAGUAAUAAUCCAAGUCAGAUUUGUGCUUGUUGUAUUUACACACAUUUUUGAAAGGAGAUACAGAAAAAGAAAAUAUAUGUUACAGUUAAAACUGUGUGUCUUUCAUACCAAUGUUUUAAAGGUGUGAAGCAGCCGUCUAUCCUGGAUGCUCUGUCCAAGACCAAACCUGCAAAGAAGGCCCCUUCAGUUGACUCAAGGGACUCCGUUGUGGAGGCUAAAGUUCAAAAGCCGAAGCCUGUCCUCAAACGCAAAACAAACAUCAGCAGCGACUCCGACAGCAGCUCUGACAACCUCAUGUCUCGCCUGAAAGCCAAAAAAUCAGUUGGCGGCAAGGUUUGCUCAACACAGAUUGAAACAUCUCAAAAAUCGUCAAUAUGAAGAUGUUCUUUUUAACUGAUAGUUUUCUUUUUUCUUUCAGAAAACCAAGAAAUGGGAAUUCGAUGAUGACAGCUUCCAGGUCUCAGACCAAGAGGAUGCAGCUCCAGUAGCUGUGGCACCGCGAGAUAAGCCCUCACGCGCCCGCAAACCUAUAACCUACACAGUGGAUUCAGACUCCGACUUUUAAACCCAGGUUAUUGAGGCAGUUUCUAAGAAGCUGUAGUUCCUUUUAAAGUUGUUCAUUCAUUAUAUUCUGAAUGCAAAUUGUUACUAUUAGUUUGACUUUUAUUCCUGUAUGUUCUGAUAUAAUCACACAUUUGAGCUACAGUUAGAAAAAAAGGUUUAUUCUACAAAACAAAAAUUAAAGCAUUCUGUCAAAAGACAUGGACCUCACGAUACCUGUGUGCAGCUCUAGUUUUAGUGCAAAUUAUUUUGUUACCUUGAAGUUUUUCUGUGUUUUGUCCAGUCCUGUAAAUAUUUCAAUGGCUGUGUUUGUUAAUCUUGAAAAUAAAGCUAACAUGUGUUCACUGUAA